AUGAAGAUCAUGAUGUGGAACAUUAGAGGAGCAGCGAACAAAGGUACCAUUCGCACCCUCAAGGAGUUGCAAAACCAAAAGAAACCUGACCUCACUAUUCUGGUAGAAACCAAAUGUAGCGGAAAUAAAGCAAGAGAGGUGAUUAAGGCAAUGGGAUUCAAUCAUGCCAUAGUCGAAGAAGCUGUCGGUUUUGUUGGAGGGAUCUGGAUCCUCUGGAAGAAUGAUGAUUUCAAAAUCAAAGUUAUGUCAACCCACAAGCAAUUUGUGCAUAUGGAAAUUGAAAACAAUCAACGGAGGAGAUGGAGCCUUAUGGCUGUGUAUGCAAGUCCACAUGAAGCACAAAGAAAAGAAAUGUGGGUGCUUUUGCACAACAUCUCAAGAAACAUGAACUUACCGUGGCUGAUGAUAGGUGAUUUCAACGACAUCGCAGAGCAAAGUGAGAAGAAAGGAGGGGGAAAUGAUACCCAUGCGUGUAGACGUUUCAGAGGCUGGAUUGACAAAUGCAACCUCAUAGACGUAGGCUAUUCUGGAUCAAGAUUCACAUGGAAGGGGGGAAUAAGAGAAGGCCAAGAAAGAGUUAUAAAAGGCUGGAUCGAGCUUUAUGUAACUCAGAGUGACGUACAAAUUUCUCAAAUGCAUUUAUGGAGGUGCUACCAAGAAUACAAUCAGAUCAUCACCCUCUGCUGCUAUACACAAGACCUGAGACUAGCACCCAAGGAGAGAGACCUUUCAGCCUUAAACAAUUUAACUGAAAGUCUGAAAAAAUGGAAUAAUGAAACUUUUGGUAACAUAUUUCGAAAGAAGAGGAGGAUUUUGAAUAUAAUUCAAGGGAUACAAAAAUCUAGGCUUUAUGGUAGGAACAAGUUUCUUGAUGGGCUGGAAAAAGACCUUUCGGAGGAAUUGGAAAAAAUCCUGGAUCAAGAGGAGAUCUUCUGGCUACAAAAAUCCAGACAAAAGUGGCUAGUAGAAGGAGAUAGAAACACUAAAUAUUUUCACACAAAAACUCUAGUGCGAAGAAGGAAGAACAAGAUAGUGAAGCUGAGGAACAAUAAUGGUAUCUGGUGUGAAGAGGUAGAAGCUGUAAAAUCGAUAGUCUCAAAUUUUUUCACUGACCUAUACCGAGAUGAAAGACCAGAGCGCCCCACUAUUCGAUGCAGCUGGCAAUAUAAAAGAUUGGAAGAAGAAUAG